AUGCAUGAACCAGCUAUGGUCAAGGACCUAGACGGUUAUCUAGAUGUUCUCGCACAAUUGCCAUUACUCAAUAUAUAUACUCAGAUAUCAUUAUGCUUUUUAGUGCCUGAUGCUUCCUCACAUGCUGCAAUCAUCGAGACGUUGACGAGUGGCCUCGAACGACUGUCUGCUAGCUUUCCAUGGCUAGCAGGCCAGGUCGUCAAUGAAGGUUCAGGUGAAGGCAAUUCAGGCACCUUCAAGAUCAAGACAUUAGGGGAAGUUCCUCCUCUGGUCGUAAAAGACCUCAGACAUGACCCGUCAAUGCCAACAAUGGACGCCCUCAGACAAGCCAACUUCCCCUUCAGAAUGCUAGAUGAAAACAUCAUCGCACCUCGCAAUACUCUCCGGGGAAGUCCCAACGAAUCCGCACCAGAUCCUAAACCAGUCUUCCUCCUCCAAGCCAAUUUCAUUACCGGCGGCCUCUUGGUCACCUUCGUUGGCCAGCACAACGCCAUGGACAUGACUGGCCAAGGCCAGAUUAUCCAUCUCUUCUCAAAAGCUUGCCGCAAUGAACCAUUUACAAGCGAAGAACUAUCAUCCGGCAACCUCGACCGCCGCAGUCUCAUCCGAUUACUUGACGACUCGUACAAACCAGGCUCCGAGCUAGCUCUUCAGAUUGUGAAACCGGCUUCAGUUCAUCCCAUCUCCAACGAUACCAGUAGCCAACCAGCAGCACCACCUCCCCCUCCAAAAUGCACCUGGACCUACAUCACAUUCCCCCCUGACUCACUUGCCGCUUUAAAAUCACUUGCCACCAAAACCAUCACCCUUCCCUCAGGCUACAUCUCCACCGACGACGCCCUCAGCGCCUUUAUCUGGCAAUCCGUCAUCCGUGCCCGCCUCCCACGCCUAGGCCCCAUAGCUGAAUCAACACUCGCUCGCGCUAUCAAUGUACGGAGUUAUUUUGGUGUUCCAGAGACGUACGCGGGACUUAUGCAAAAUAUGACGUACCAUACAUCUACGCUUCAAAACCUGGCUGAAGAGCCGUUGGGAAGUGUUGCAUCACAGCUUCGUUCCGCUUUAGACUCAAAAACAUCAAACCUAGGUCACCACACCCGUUCUCUCGCAACCUUCCUCGACCGCACACCGGACAAAAGUACUAUCUCCUUUGCAGCGACGCUUGACCUAUCAGCGGACCUCAUGCUCAGUUCGUGGGCGAAGUUAAACUGUUAUGAGCUUGAUUUCAACCUUGGAUUGGGAAAACCCGAGUCUGUUCGUAGACCACAGUUUAACGCAUUUGAGAGUUUGGUAUAUUUGAUGCCUAAGGCGCUAGACGGCGAGAUUGCUGUUGCGAUUUGUUUGAGGGAUGGAGAUAUGGCGAGAUUAAGGGCAGAUAAGGAGUUUUCAAAGUAUGGGAAAUAUAUCGAGUAA